AUGGCCGUGAAUGAAAUCAAUGCAGCUCAAGUGAUUCCAGGUGCUUAUAUUACUUUGAUUGAAAAGGAUUCCUAUCCAGAUGCUUCUUUGGGUCAAGCCGCCGUUACUAACGCUGUCUAUGCAUUAGUCACAUUACUUCAACAAGGUGUUAUUGGUGUUAUUGGUGAUGUUACAAGUUCAUGGACUGCUUUAAGUGCUUUGAUGACAAGUGCUUUGGAAUUACCUCAAUGCUCCUUCACUGCCUCUUCUGUUUCGUUUUCCGACAAGGGUCAAUUUAAAUACUUUUUUCGUACUAUACCAACUGAUGUGGUGAUGAUCGAUGCUAUGUUACGUUUUGUAGUAUAUCAAGGAUGGACAAAAAUAGGCGUCAUUUAUUCAGAUGAUUCUCUUGGUCAACAAUUAUAUCAACGUGUGAUCCAACAAACUGAAGUUAUGAAUAUUCAAUUGAUCAAUUAUCAAUCUUUUCCAUCCACCACUUCUACUCCAACAUCUGAUGAAAUGAAAACAAGUUUAGAUUCAUUGUCCAAUAAUGGUGCGCGUGUUAUUCUUCUUGCCGCUACUGGUCAAAUUCAAUCUGAUCUAUUGGUACAGGCCGCUGUAGCUGGUUAUCUGUCUUCUGAAUAUACUUGGCUCCUUGUAGAUGAUGAUGCUACCUCUUACCUUCAAGAAACCAUUGAUACGUACAACAAUAAUACACAUUCAACCAAUAAUACACGUCAACUUUCCUUGAAAUCAGAUUUCAAUGGGCUCAUCUACUUUACCAACUGGCUCACAUUGAAUGGAUAUCCUCCUUAUGACAAAUUUUUAUCAAGUUGGUCACAUCUCGAUUCGAAUGUACUUGCGUAUUCAUGUCUCAUGAUGAUGGCUAAUGGAUUUCAAAACAUAUUAAGACCGUCAACAAAUCAUACUGAUGGAUUACUUCAGCUGGCUUCUGGUAAUCUUGGUGAUUUCUUGACUCCUCAAGCUUUCAAUACUGGAUAUGUUGGACCUGAUGGACCUAUGCAACUGGAUGCAAAUGGUGAUAUGAUGGCUGGGUAA